GAUCACAAGCGUCGACGUCCGUAGCACGUCUGAGAGAGAGAAGGAGAAGUCCAAGAUGUUGUCUGCCGUCUCGAGCCCCGGAUCCCAGGCGCCGUCGCAGUGGGUGGCGCCGCCCGCCGCCUCCUGGACGAACGAGGAGAUCGACAUGAUCCAGGAGAUGUUCCUCUCAGACGAGAAGGCCAUCCAGAUCCGCGACAUCUCCAUCAGCGGCGGCAAGCUGUCCGUGGUCGAGGACCCGCUCGCCAUCUCCGUGGAGCAGGGCGCCGACGCCACCAGCAUGCUGCUGUCCCCCAUCGGCGCGGACGAUGACUUCCUGCAGCAGUUCAUCGUGGACGAGAAGGACGCCAUGGCCGCCUUCUUCCACGAGGUCAUCGACCCCUUCCAGAACGUCCCCGCCAGCACCCAGGAACCUGCCCCCACCUCGGCUGCCCCAGGACCGAGCGACGGCCGCCCUGUCGAGCACGUGCUGGCCAAGCUCCGCGCCAAGAUGGACGGGCUCAGCCGUCUCUACUACUCGCGCUGCAUGAACAUGUCGGGCGCCGACGACUCGAGCAUCAACAAGGUCAAGCUCGUGCUCGCGAUCGAGAGACUGCAGCGUGUCAUCCAGGGCCUCUCCCAUCAGAACGCUCAGCUCAAGACGGACACCACAAGCUGCUCGCAGCGUGGCGAGCUUCUCCUUCAGGGCUGCAGCGACUACACGGCAGAGCUGCAGCAGCUGAGCAUCUCGAUUGAUGAGUCGGUGUGCGCUGCGGCCGUGGAGGAGGGAAUGCACUCGGCGAUGAACUGCUCCAUGGACGGCGAGGUGCUCAAGGACCACCAGGAUGAGCACGGCUGGAGCUACAAGAGCGUGGUGUCCCAGGACGGCGUGUUCACCUACAGCCUCAAGAAGGACUUCUCCAAGGACGUGAGCAUGCAGGACGUGAUGCACAAGACGUGGGCCAACGUCAGCAACUCCGACAGCUUCUCCGGCAUCUACUACGGGUCUAUCAAGGCCCAGCUUGUGAAGAAGGUCGGCAAGGAGGCGGUUGUCAUUUACGACAUGACCAGCCACGACGCCACGCGCGUGGAUCGCGUGCUGGCGGUGCUCUUCCGGAAGAAGCUGCCCAACGGAUACCUCCUGGGCGCGCGCUCGAUCAAUAUGAAGCCUUGCAACGCGGACGGCGGCUUCUCCGUUACCUCCGGUGGCCAGCUUUCCUACCCGACGCGCGCCGACGUCGACUUCAUGGCCGUGGAGAUCCUGUGCCUGCACCUGCGAUGGGAGAACCGCGCGGUGGGCGCUCAAUUGGCCAUGUAA